AUGACUUGCAAUCUCUGUUCCCAAACAAGUUCACGAGCGUCUGGGUUGGUGGCAGGCCAACACGCCUCGCUGUUCGGUAUGUAUUCCUCAUACCACCACACCAACAAAGACAUCCAAGCUAAGUCAAACUUCUGGGCAUCCAGUUCGUGCCCUGUCCAAUAUUCUGUCUCCCCACGUGUGGUGAUUGCCCAUUCUCAGCAAACUAUCGUCGCCCGGCGUGUCCGGCUUCUUCAACGGAGACAUACCCAAUUCCUAGCAGAUCUCGAUCUGCCUCGAGCACAAAUCGCCCAUUGA